AUGUCCGUUCUUCAAGCAGUCAUUCAGUUAUCUUUUUGGGGGCCAAUUAUACUCUUUACUAUUGGAGUUCCAUCAGUUAUUUUAAAUGUGAUUAUUUUUAUUGGAGUGAAAACAUUUCGACAAUCUCCUAGUUCUUAUUAUAUUGUUACUCAAUCAUUAUUUGAUUUUGGUUCCUUAUUAUUAGUUUUUCUUCAAAUUUUUCCGUCAACAUCAAUAAAUAGAUCUUCAAUAUCGUGCAAAUUGAUUAUUUUUUUUAGUCGAAUAGUAGCACCAUGUGCACUAAGUUUUCUUGGUUUGGCUGCAUUUGAUCGUUGGGCAUGUACAUCAAGAUCAGCAAGAAUACGUAAAUUAAGUUCAAUUCGUAUAGCUCAUUGUAUUGUUUCAAUUACUGUUAUAUUCUGGUCAUUGGUGAGCAUACUUUAUCUUAUUUUUUACGAUUUGAUUCCACCUACCUAUACUUGUGGAUUAACUAAUGAUCUUUUUCAAAAAAUUACCAAUUUUUUUCUGGCUCCUAUAUUAGGUGCUAUUUUUCCUCUUAUCAUUUUAAUUGUAUUUGGUAUUCUUACAUAUCGAAAUCUUCAUCUUAUGACGACUAUUAAUGGUCAACAACAAUCUGUUCCAACUCGUUUAUCAAUAUGGGAACGACAAAUAACAAGAAUGAUGAUUAUUCAAACACUGUUAAAUGUAUCAUGUACACUUCCUCAGUGUAUCUUCCUGAUUUAUACAAUAGCAACAGUUCAACAAAGAGCAAUGAAAAGUUUAAAUCAAAUUUAUAUUGAAUAUCUAUUGGCUCAAUUGUGUGGAUAUAUAGUCUCUCUCGAUUUUGCUUCAUCAUUUUAUAUAUAUUUUCUUUCUUCAUCACGUUUUCGACAGACAACCAAAAUGUAUCUAAAACGUCUUUUACAUUUGGGAAAUGAUCAAGUUACUCCUUUCAACAUUUCUGCUUCAACACUACCAGUUACUGCUACGAAAACUCAUUACAGACAAAAUUGA